AUGAAGUGCAUCGUAGUUCUUGUCCUUGCCGCGACCGCGCUUAUUGCUGAUGGUUCCGUGAUUCCGCUUGCUCUGGCACCGGGAUAUGCGAUCGCUGCACCGGCCGGUCUUGCCAUUCCCGGGGCCACCGUCAUCCAGUCCAAUCCGGCUCCUACGAUCAUCCACGCUCUGCCGGCACCGAUCGCCGUAGAUGUGUCCGGUACUCCUACACUGCUCCUGGCGCCAUCACCGGCCGGUCCGGCGAUUGUGGCGGUUGCUCCUGCCCCCGCUGCCACGGCCGUUUCAGCCACCCGUGGAGCUGUCCAUGUGGCCCCACUGCCAGGACAUUCCGUGUCGCAGACGCAGCUGAAUCUGGCCGCCGCACCAGGUACUGAGUAG